CUUCUUUUUGGUGCCCUAAAGUUUGGUUUUGUUUAUUAACAAAGAUCUUGAUCUUGAACUUAAAUAAUAUAUAAGAAAAAAUAACGCAAUCAAAAAGCUGAUAAAUAGUAUUCCAAAAUUUUCUCUUUAACUUUUCAAUUCUAUUAUUAACGCGUAUUUGAAAAGCGAUAAUUUAUUAUAGUGACAAUUUAUUUAUAUUGAUGAAUUGAAAAAUGGUAGAUUGGUGAUGUAAAAAUAUUCUAUUGUCUUGUGUAAAUAAAAGAAAACUUAAGUUAAAAAUAUUUUGUAUUAAAUAACAGAAACAAAAAAAAGGAAUUAAUAAAAAAGUGAAAUUUUUGGUUCCCACAAAAGUGAACAAUAAAUAAAAUUCAAAAUUGUAGUGAUGGAUCCAAAUGAAUUUCGUGAAUUUGGUAAAGCAACAGUUGAUUUUAUAGCUGAUUAUUUAGAAAAUAUAAGAGAUCGUGAUGUUUUGCCAUCCGUUUCACCCGGAUAUUUACAUGAUUUAUUGCCAACAGAAGUACCAGAGAAUGCAGAAAACUGGAAAGAUGUUCUAAAAGAUAUUGAGAAAUUUAUAAUUCCUGGCAUAACACAUUGGCAGUCACCAAAUUUUCAUGCAUAUUAUCCAACAGCAACAUCUUUUCCAUCAGUUGUAGGGGAAAUGUUAUCAGCCGGCUUUGGUGUAGUCGGAUUUAGUUGGAUAUGUAGUCCAGCAUGUACAGAAUUGGAAUCAAUUGUAAUGGAUUGGGUUGGAAGAUUUUUAAACUUACCAGAAAAAUUUUUAAAUACAGCUGAUGGUCCUGGUGGUGGUGUAAUUCAAGGAUCAGCAAGUGAAGCAAUUUUAGUUGCUAUAUUGGCAGCACGUGAAAAAUCUAUUAAAAAAAUUCAAAUUCAAAACCCUGAUUUGACUGAAGGUGAAAUUAGAGCAAAACUAAUCGCAUAUUCAAGUGAUCAAAGUAAUAGUUGCGUUGAAAAAGCAGGUUUAUUAGCUGCUGUACCAGUACGUUUGUUACCAACCGGAGACGAUUUAAUUUUAACUGGUGAUAUUAUCAGAAAAGCAAUUGAAGAAGAUCUUGAAAAUGGUAAAAUUCCUAUAAUUUGUAUAGCAACAUUAGGAACUACCGGUACAUGCGCUUAUGAUGAUAUUGUUAGUUUAUCAAAAAUCUGUGAAGAACAUGAUAUUUGGUUACAUGUUGAUGCUGCAUAUGCGGCUGCUACAUUGAUACUUCCAGAAUUUAAAUUUCCGUAUAAAGAAGGUUUAGAAACGGUUGAUUCAAUUAAUUACAAUUUACAUAAAUCUAUGAUGGUAAACUUUGAUUGUUGUGGAAUGUGGUUGAAAAAUGCAGGUGAUAUUGUUGACAAUUUUAAUGUUGAUCGAAUCUAUUUAAAACAUUCAUUUGAAAAUCAAUCUAAGAAGGCACCAGAUUAUCGACAUUGGCAAAUACCAUUAGGUAGACGUUUUAGAGCUCUUAAAGUUUGGAUUACACUUAGAACAAUUGGUGCAGAAGGAAUUCGAAAUAGUGUACGAAAACGCAUUAAAUUGGCUGAAUAUUUUGAAAAGUUAAUAAUGAAAGAUUCACGUUUUGAAAUUGUAGCAGAACGUACUUUUGGUUUGGUUUGUUUUAAAUUGAAAGGUGAAAACGAUUUGAAUAAGAAACUGUUAGAUAAAUUAAUGGAAAGAAAAAAAAUUUAUUUAAUACAAGCACAGCAUCGUGGUGAAAGUUUUCUAAGAUUUGUAAUAUGUGGAUUCGAUCCACAGGAAAAAGACAUAGAUUUUGCUUGGAACGAAAUAAAAGAGCAAACAGAUUUAUUACUUGCAUCGCAUCCACGGUACACAGAAAUUGAAUGCAGACCCAACGAUGAAAAAAUUAUCAACGAGAUUUCAAAAAGCUUACAAAAACAUUUAUUGAUUGAAAAUGGUGGGAAAGGGAAGCAGUAAAUGUUACGUGUUUUUUUUUUCCUUUGAUAUUUUUUAUUAAAUUAUUUACGUUCCAGACAUAACAUAGACAUUUCUAACUACUAAAAAUUAUCGUGAAUAUUUUUAUUAGGUUUUGAUUGGAAGUAAAUAUUGAAUUAAGUAUUGGAGUAUGAAUAAUUUUAAAAUUUUAAAGAAAAUUUAGCAAAGUAUUUAUAAUUUAGCGGAUAUUUCUGAAAAGGUUGAAUUCGAAAAAUUAAACACAUUGUUAUUAUAAGUAAUCAAAUAGUUAGAUCAUCAAAACCUGUUGAAAUUUCGAAUAAUUUUUUACAUGAAAAGUUUC